CUCUCUCUCUCUCUCUCUCUCCUGAACCAGACUCUUUUCUUUCUUUUCUUUCUUUUCUCUCUCUCUCUCUCUCCCCCUCUGCACUAGCUCAUGGGCAGUGCCUCUGUUCCUUCAGGACUGCUUUUCUCUCUCCCUCUCCGGGUUCUCCCGUGUACUGCGCUUCCCUCUCCCCGGCUCUCUCGAUCGUUAUCCCCGCCGUGUAUCCGUCUCUACUCCGCUAUCUGACAUCUUCCAGCAUCGCCUGCUAAUGAUGACGAUGAGGUUAGACACCCGGGCUUCCGCAUCCUGUUCCAGACCCCGCCCUGCAGCGCGCGUGUCAUCGGCGAGCAGAUGGCAGUGCCCCCCCCCCGGAAAGCCCUGACUGCCCUGGUGGCUGCCACCUUCACCCCCAUGACUGUCAAGGGGGAUGUGAACCUCUCUGUGAUUGGUCAGUAUGUCGACUACCUUGUGGAGAAUCAAGGCGUUCACGAUAUAUUUGUGAAUGGCACCACUGGCGAGGGCAUGUCGCUCAGCAUGGACGAGAGGAAGGUGCUGGCAGAGGAGUGGUGCCGACAGGGCAAGGGCAAGGUAGAUCAUGUGAUUGUUCAUGUGGGAUGUUUGAGUUUGAGAGAGUCCCAGGAGCUGGCAAGACAUGCAGCUGGGAUCGGGGCUGACGGGAUAUCAGCUGCAGGGAUCUCUGCCAAGGCUGCCCUGCAAGGGGCUCAGGAGCUCAUCCCCUCCUUCCAGGGACUCAAGUUUAGCAGCAGAGACCUGCUGGACUUCGACCAGUGUGUCCACAGCAGUCCCCGGUCCUGGCCAAUGCUCUAUGGGGUGGAUGAGCAAUUACUGUCAGGGUUGGUUCUGGGAGCACAUGGUGCUGUUGGCAGCACCUACAAUUACAUGGGCAGCGUGGUUAAUGGCAUGCUGGCUGCUUUUGAGAAGGGAGGUAUCGCUGAGGCCAGGAAGAUCCAGGUAAUGAUCACACAGUUUCUUCAGCACAGUAUUGGUAUUGCUGAUGUUUCCAAUAGGAAAAGGGAAGUGCUGAUGUAA